AUGUACGUAUGGUAUGUGAAGCCACUAAGGUGGAUACACAUGCAGGUAUGGACAAAGGAGUUGAAUGAAAGAAAGAUGCAUGACUCGCUGUGUUUUUUCAUUUGGGAGCUCUGGCAUAGCAUGUAUCAGAGCCUUGGCAUUUGGCAACACAACAUCUCAAGAGCUCAUGUGAUGCACGAGGUUCUGGCGCUCAUUUAUCCCAAUACUAUGUUUGAGUAA